GUGUCGACUAGAGAGCGCUCACUGCGCAGGUGCAUUCCGACAGUGACAGUCCCUUCCGGGCUCCAGCGUCGCGUCUCGCAAAAGGAGAAAAUCCGGUAGAUUCCCAGCGUGACAAUGGCCACCUACAGCCUGGCAAAUGAGAGACUACGCGCCCUGGAAGACAUCGAACGGGAAAUAGGCGCCAUUCUUCAAAAUGCAGGUACAGUGAUCCUAGAACUCUCUAAGGAAAAAACAAAUGAGCGGCUGCUAGACCGGCAGGCGGCGGCCUUCACCGCUUCGGUGCAACACGUGGAGGCGGAGCUGUCGGCUCAGAUCCGCUACCUCACCCAGGUGGCCACAGGGCAGCCCCAUGAGGGGUCCAGCUACUCUUCAAGGAAGGACUGUCAGAUGGCCCUGAAGCGAGUGGACUAUGCUCGCCUCAAGCUCAGUGAUGUGGCCCGAACUUGUGAGCAGAUGCUGGAAAACUAGGCCAAGUAAGUAGAGAGAGAGCUUGGAGGGAGACCACCACCUGCACCCCGGGACAGACCUGAAGACCUGUAGGAUGGGGAGCACAGGCUGCCGCAUACAUGCUGGUCAGAAUAUAUGAGGACAAAGUGGCAAAAGAUGUGAAUGGAGAAACAAAGACCAAGCCUCCACAACUAUGCACGGGCUCCUUCAACAGGGUGCUCCUGCUCUGCACU